UCGAUAAUCGCCGCCAUCACUACCUCUUAGUCUGUGGUGGAAUUGAGUUCGAAGUCCGAAAUUACUUAAUUAGUCUAAAUUCAAACCAGCGGUCCGUUUCGAUACCAGAAACUAAGGCCGUUUUAGUUUCUGAGAAUAUACAACCAAAAGUACUGAAACAAGGGUAAAAUAGAAUCAAACUCAAAUAGUAUGAGCAUCAAGAAGAUAACAAUUCAAGAAUACCGAAAACAGAUCGUUCACAGAGUGAUCAACCAAAAAUCCACUGAGAAACUUGGGAUCACAGCUGAACCAGAGUCAAAUUUAGAAGAGAAAUGCCGUGGACAAUCACCAAAUCCAGAUAGAGAAUCUACUUGCCCCCACUGUGGACAUGUAAUAUGUUCCACUAAUACAUGUGUGAGGUUCAUGGGCGUCUUUGAAAAAGAAAAAACGGUGUAUCAAACUUCAAAUCUUAAGUCAUUACCUGGAAACAAAUCAUCCGGAAUCUCUCAGAUAUCAAAGGAUUCAUCGUAUGGCACCCGAUGCCCUCAGACUCAAAAUGCUUCUAGACAGAGUAGAGCCAGGUUUGAGGAGCCACAGUGUGUAACACUUAGUAGCGAUGAAGAUGAUGACUCCUUUCAGGAAACAAAAAAACUCAAAUGUGAUGGUACACACAAAUCCUCUGAAAAAUUGGAUGAAAACCCUUCAAUUGUGAUUCAAGUACAGCCCAAUAUUAUAGAAAGUGAAGCUUCAAAUGGUGUCUCGAUGGAUUCGCCUGUUGAUACAGAAGAGAAUCUUGGAUCAAACGAUAUGCUCCUCUGGAAAGAAGGUGGAUUGAAUGGACCUUUCUUUGCCGUAAACUGCCGAUCUGUUCGUAUUGGAUCAUAUAAGAUUGUUCCAGUGGGACGUGUGUUAUUCUCGUCCGAAGGAAUUAUGUUGCGAGCUCCAGUUUUUUACAACCAUGAUAAGCCAUCAGAAAAGAGCGCUGUAUUUAAUGUAGCUAUUCCAGCUCAGCAACUUCUAAAAGUGGAUGCUCAUUUCAGCCGAAAGUUGGAAGUCGUCUUCCUAGAUGUUGGUUCAAACUGGUGUCGCCAGCUUUCGUCAAAAUUAGGGUUAUCCAAAAGUGGCCCAUAUUGGGAUUCUGCUAGCAAAGACGACAAUCAAAAACGAUUGACACUGCUGCCCAAUGAUUUGGAUAAUGCAGCGAAGAACGCAAUCAGACAAGUUUUCGUUUCUCAAGGUGUUUAUCACGAAAUUAAUCAUAUCGAGGCCAGCCGACUCUUGAUUAUUUCCUCCAGCCUCCAACCUCCAGAAAUUCGUGAUGCGCUUAAACGUCUCGCCGCGAGCACUGCUGUAUCAGCAGAAGCGAGUGUUUCGACAACUGAAACGCAAGAUGUGAAUGGUGGCAAAGAAGACUCGUGCAAAGUUGAAUUACGUUACGCUGCCAAUACCGGUCACGGUGAAACGUAUGUCAUCAAACAUAUGACGAACCUGUUUGUUCAGCAAUCGAGCUGCGAUGUUCAGUUCUGUUUCAAAGGAAGCCGAAUAAAAGUUGGCGGGCACGCUUCCAUCUUGGCAGCCAGAAGUCCCGUUUUUGCUGCCAUGUUCCAGCACGACAUGCAGGAGAAGAAGACGGGAAAAGUCGUGAUAAAAGACAUCAAGCCAAACAUUUUCAAUGACCUGCUCCACUACAUCUACUCCGGCCGAACUUCAGCCCCCCUGAAUCAGAAGACUGCCCAGCUGAUGUUUAUGGCCGCCGACAAGUACAUCAUCGACGACCUGAAAGAAUAUUGCGCCACUUUCCUUCUCUCCCAAAUGCAGACGACCAACGCUCUCGGCCUGCUCAUCUGGGCACACCUGAACUCCAUCGAGAAAAUCAAGGAAGCUUCUAUUAAAUUUAUCGCGGCCCACGCAAGAAUAAUUUUCAGAACGAGGGAGUGGAAGGAGGCUUUCACCGCCCACCCUGACCUCUGUUUGUUAAUUACUCAACGAAUGUAGUAUAAGAUGCAAAUUGACGUUUACAAAUCUAUGGACGUAGCAUUUGUAGCUUAUUUUCGUUGUGUCGUGCACAAUUCAUGUACUAUCCUGAAGCCAAUGCACGGCGAUGAAUACUGACAUUUUUCAAGAAA